CUUGUGCCAUGGAGGUGUCUUGAUUGGUGAGUGGAGGCUUCACGCUUGGUGGUACUCGUGCUAACCACCUUGACAUGACGUCAUGCUCGACGCCAUGGUGCUUGGGGGUUCGAUGGAUCCGCACUGACCCCCUUGGGGUGGCAUCAUGCUUGACACCCUUGGACGGUUGGAUCUCCAUACUUAGCCAAUUUUCACUUCGGCAUCAUGCUUGACACCCUAGUGCUUGACCCCCUUGGACGGUAUCAUGCAUGACCCCCCUGGUGGUUGGAUCUCCAUGCUUAGCCAAUUUUCACCUCGGCAUCAUGCGUGACACCCAGUGCAAGGUAGGUGGUUGCGAUACUUGGUGCUUGACCCCCUUGGACGAUGUUAUGCAUGACCCCCCUUGCAUGAGGUCAUGCUUGACCCCCUUGUAGUUGGGUCUCCAUAGUUAGCCAAAUUUUGGCUUUCUUCACCACCAUGGUCUUGGGACUCCCUUGCCAACAUGCUUGAUACCCGGUAGGCGGCUAUACUCCCUUGCGUCUCGUCAUACUCGACUCACCUUGGAUGGUAUCAUGCUUGACCCCCUUGGACGAUGUUGUGCAUAACCCCCCUGGUGCAAGGUAGGUAGAUGGCAUAGUGUUUGACCCCCCUGGGAUGAUGUCAUGCUUGACUCCCCUUGUGCUAUAGGUCUCAACACUUAGCCAAUUUUCGCCUUCUUUCCUAUCACGGUCUAGCGCGAUGACCCCUUUGCAUGACAUCAUGCUUGACCCCCCUGGGAUGAUGUCAAGCUUGACCCCCCUUGUGCUAUGGGUCUCAACACUUAGCCAAUUUUUGCCUUCUUUCCCAUCACGUCCAGCGGUACUCGCGAUGACCCCUUUGCAUGACAUCAUGCUUGACCCCCCUGUGAUGAUGUCAUGCUUGACCCCCCUGGUGGUUAGGUCUCCAUACUUAGCCAAAUUCAUGUUUUUCAUGUCUUGGUACCAAGCCCUGCCCCCUGGCCAAGGAAUUCCAUACUUAGCCAACUUUCAUGUCUUUUGGUAUCAAGCCUGCCUUGUCGGCUUGAUACCCCUUUUGCUCCAUCCUUAGCCAAAUUCUAUGUCAUAGUACCAAGCUCUGCCUUGCCGGCUUGAUAUUCCCUCGUUGGCCUCCUUACUUGGUACCCGGUAAUUUGGCACCCUUAGAUCUGAAUUUUCUGGAUCUACUUAAAUCUAAAGGUUCAAAUUUGAUUAUUCAUAGGUUAGACCUAUCCUAAGGCACAUUGUUUGUGUCAUGCUCAUGUCUCCCCCAUACGAAUUCAUGCAUUUCACACUUCAUGAGUUUUGUCACACGGAAACAAACCAGAAAAAGAAAGUUGAAUACAGACAGACAGCGUUUAUUUCGUAAUUGUUGGGUAAUGUCUCGGCGCUCAAUGGACCUACCCUUUCCCCCAAGAAUAACAAUGGACCGAAAAUGGACCUUCCACUAGGCAAAAAUAAUGUCAGGACUCGGGAUGCUUUCCUAAUCAUUUAUGGCUCCCUUUCUUCAUUCAAACUCUAGGCCCUAUGAUUUGUUCUUCAUCGUUAGAGUGAGAUUGCUGAACCUGCUAUCACUUCUCUCAUUUAUUUUGGUUUGGUGAGAGCGGAAAGAAGACGGGGCGUCGUUUUUGAGCGCCAUCAUCAGCUGACAACGACAAUGGAGUCGGUGGGCGGUUGAGCUCUCUGUCACUUCUGUGUUUGUAAUUUUUCCCCACACAGCUAAAGGAAGCGGAUAUUACUCUCCACCUCCCAUAUUCUCCUCUGUCGUCUCUCAUCUGCAGUCAGUAAAAAAAAAAUCUCAUCAUGGAGCUGUUCCUUGAAUUCUCCUUGACCCUAUUCUUCUCCUUCCUCUUCUCCUUCAUCGUCUCCAAACUCCUCUCCGUUUACUCUGCCACUUUUACGGGCUCUGGUGACGAUUACCCAGGAGGUGCUUUCAAUAGCGUCAAACUCAAGUGCAAUAGGAUAAGGACCAUGAAUGUCCGCUCCUCCAAACCGGAGAAAACAGUUGGUUUUGCUGCAGAAUUCGUUAAAGUAGAGGAAUUCAGCAGAUUCAGCUACAGAGAUAAUGGCAGAGGUCUUGCAUCACCGACAAACAAAGAAGAACCGAGGGCAGAGGAGUUCAGCGAGCGGGGGAGUUUGGAUUGCGACGAAAUUGAGAUGUUGGAUUUGGGCGGGGCGGUCGCGUUGGAAUGUGAAAUUGUUGAGGUUUCAGAGUGCGGAGACGAUUUGGUGGAGGUGGGUUGGGUGAAGAAUGCAGGUAUGGUGUUUGAUGAAUGGCAAGGGGUGGAGAGAAGUGAAUUGGAGCGACUUUUCGGUGCUGCUGUCGCUUAUGUUGGCUCUACCCUUGCUGCUGCUAAUUAUUCGCAUCCGCGAAACGAGUUGAAGUUGCAGCUUUAUGGGCUUCACAAGAUCGCCAUUGAUGGCCCCUGCCAUGCUCUCCGACCCAUGGCCUUGAAGGUUUUUGCUCGUGCAAAGUGGAAUUCAUGGCAGCAACUGGGAGACAUGAACCGAGAUGAAGCUAUGGAGAAGUACAUCAACCUCCUCUCAAGCCACAUUCCAGAGUGGAGGAAAACCCUUCUUCCGGUUAAGUUUUAAUCACUAAAAACACCAUUUUUUUUAACUCGAGGAGUUUCAAUAGCGAAAGGACACUUGCAAGUAUUCAUUUAGUGUAUGGGAACUACAGAAGGUUAUCCAGGAUUGGGAGGUUCAGUUAAUUUAAUUAAGUAAAUAAGAAGGGUAUGGAUCGAACCUAGCCGUGCAAAUACCAGUUAUUAAUUUUCUCAUUCUUUCUUCUUUGUAAAGUUGUGCAUACAGUAUGAUUUCACGUUCAGAGAGUUGAAUGCAGACACAUUUGGUUUCCUGGAGACAAGGGAUGGAGAUCCAAAUUACAACGAAUCCGAUUAUACCAUGUAUGUAAGUUGUCUUUUUUACCCCCUUAAACAAAUAAAUGAUUUGAUGCAGCAAGAGGUGUUCAAAGGAUUUGGUGAAAUGAGGUGUCAAAUUUUAUCUUAGAUGGAAACAGCCAAACCCCCUACCCCCUUCAGGUUUGAUUUUAACGUGAUUGAAUGAUUGUAGAUCAGGUCCAUAAUCUUGAUCUACACAUUAAGUGUCCUCUCAAUUUAAUUGGAUAAGGAGGCAGAGUGAAUGGAAGGGUCUUAUCAAUCUAAGAGUAAAUAGAGAAAACUUCUGUGAAAAUAGAAUUGAAAGACAAUUACAUGAUUCACACUUGUUUGAACAAAGUUCGAGCAAAGGUGCUUAAUGUUUUGUUAAUGAGAGAAGAGGUAACUAGAGGGUCUUAGUCAAUUGUAUGGUCUACGGUAGGCCGUAGAAUUGGGUAUCAGAGCCAACCUCUUUCUAUGGUCAACAACCAUACCCUUAAGGGUAUCAAUUUUAUUCUCCAGACUGAGUAGAAAGCCAUUCAUACCACAAGGGGAAUCCACCAUUACUCUUGGUGCAUAAAGUGAGCUUGGAGUUCAAAUUGGCGGACUUCUUAAUGAAGAGUGAAAGAGCACAUCGGAGACCUGCACAAAUCCACCUCCUCCAAAGUUUCUACGGGAGUUCGAGGAGUUACAUUGACGAAGAGAAACUACUCGACUAUUGUGUGCUAGCCUUGCUCAAGAACAUGUUCUACAGGAAGUUGGUGAAUCUAGCGAUUCUCGUAUAAGGAAGGAUAAGGAGAGCUCAACCUCCAAGGAUGAAGGAGUGCUUCAUCCCACACCACCAUCGAAGAUCAAAUCCUUGCUGGAAUUGGCUAUGGAGCGCUUCAACAUAGGGUACAAGUGCAUUGACACUACUGACCCUAAUCUUCCUCUGGGAUGCUUUUAUGCAAAUGUAGAUAUAAAGCGGAGGAAGAAAAACUCGAAGUGGUGGAAGAGCAAGAAGAGCAUGAUUGACUACCUAGAGAAGAUCUUGCUAGUAACUGCAAUGUUACCCCUAUUCAACAAGAAGAAGGGAGCAACAACGAGGUUAUGGUGGAUGAAGAAGGAAGCGAAUGUUGAUGAAUGAAUGUAUGUGGUUUGGACGCCUUGGUGGGUAUUGAUUGUGUGAAUUUUAAUGCUUGGAGGGUUCACCCACUAAGUGCUCGAUAAAAUGCCCAAACCACUUGAACUUUGUUUUUUAUAAUUCGAUAAAUGACAAUUAAACUCUUGAAUGCUUAUGUUAGGCCGCUAGAAGCAUUUUGUUCGAAUUUUGGUUGAUUGGCAUAGGGUGUAUGGCUCAUCUUCUCACCUAACAUUACCGCUUUGUUAUGGUUUUUGAGCAAUCAGUCCAUACCCUUACCUUAGUUGUUUAGGUUGUUUCUUUCCUUUAGUAAUGGCUCCUAUUACGAGGGGAGAAAUCCAGUUCUCCUCCUCUAUAAGUGGCAACGACUCCGACCCACGAAUAUCAACGGAGAGCCCGAACCACUACACAACCAGUCGAGCCUCAACUGCCAGUACACCACGAGAAAGAACAAAAAUACAAUAUCAAC